AUGGCUGGCAAAGAAAUUCUUCAGAAAGGAAUGAUUCGAAGAAUUGAAGAUGGCGGCUCAACAAAUAUUUGGCAAGAUAGAUGGAUUCCUAUGCAUUUUGAUGCCCGACCUCUUACUCCGAGGGCUGAUCAGGAGAUUGAUCUAGUCUCGGAUUUAUUAACUGAAUCCGGGCAUUGGAAUGAAGAGCUGAUUCGAGAGUCCUUUAUCCCAGUUGAUGCAAGGGCAAUCCUACGACUUCCAGUCAGACAACAAGGGGAGGACUGGUGGGCUUGGGAACCAGAAAAACAUGGUGUAUAUUCUGUUAAAUCGGCUUAUAGGAAACUUGCUACUGAACAUACUCAAGGUGAUACACUGCAACCGCAGGCAUCCGGAGACAUCUCAUGGCAGAGAAUUUGGGGCCUCGAUGUGCCACCAAAGGUCAAAGUGUUUUGGGGGAGAGUGCUACAUGAGUUUCUGCCGGCGAAAGCAAUUCUACACCAUCGCCAUAUAGAGCCUUUGGCCUUCUGUGAUCUUUGUGGUGCGGAACAAGAAACAAUAAAGCAUGUUCUGAUGGAUUGCACAGUUGCGAAGCUCUUUUGGCAUGAAGUCAAGGCACUGACCGGCGCAAAACUGCCUAAGAUGCACACUCAGUUCUGGGCAUCGGAUAUCCUAAGGCCGGAAUUCUGCACUGACAAGGAAAGGGGGCUUUUCAUCAUUGGUAUGUAUGCUCUCUGGUCUCAACGGAAUCAGCGCCGACAUGGGGAGAAUGUGCCACCAAUCAGAGUGGCUGUUAACUGGGCUGUGGAUCUGGCACACGACCUAUGGCAGAUCACCCAGGAGAAGAAGCCGGUGAAGCCGGUUACUGUCAGGCAAAAUUGGCGGCCACCGCCUAGUGGUUGGUGUAAGUGCAAUGUUGAUGCGGCAUUUGAUGCAAACGCUGGCCAGGGGGCGACAGCAGUGGUUCUCCGGUCCGAUGAUGGGAGCUUUGGUGGCGGACGUGCUCGGUGGUACCCUCACUGA